GAGUGCGCGCUGCGUCCGUGCGCACCAUCGGCUGCUGCAACCUGCUGACUUCACCUGAACGAGCAAAGUGCAGCGCGGACAGACGCACUAAACAAUGCGUGCAUAUUGCAUUAUGCGACACCGCAGGCUAUUACUACUUUUGCGCUCUUUUAGGAGGUAACGGCGGAGGUGGAAGCUUGCAUGCCAUCACCAUGGAUUGCCUUUUUCUUCUGAUCUGGACUUUACCCAUCCCGCUGGUCGGCUGCAGCUCAGUCAAGCUCCUGUCCACCCUGUUGUCCUGGAACAUUGUCAAGACGCUGCACGUUUACCGCGCGCACACAGUCACGGCCGGCUAUUCCUCCAGCGACAGACACGGAUUAAAUCACGACUACGUGUUUGUGACCCCCGUGGAGGUGGACUCCGAGGGGGGAUACCUGACCCACGAUGUGACCAGGAGAAGCCCUCGCAGCAGGAGGUCCCUGUCUUCCUCUCUGCACUACCGUCUCUCGGCCUUCGGGCAGGACAUGCACCUGGACCUGGAACCGUCCCCUGUGGUGGGCCCGGGGUUCACCGUGCAGGCGGUAGGCUGGGAUGGCAUCGCCACGGUGAUGGACGACGUGGGGAUUCACGACUGCCUGUAUCAGGGAUUUAUACGGAACGUUUCGGCCUCCUCUGCAGCCAUUUCGACUUGCUCUGGACUGUCAGGUUUGAUCCGCGUGUCUCAGGAAGAGUUUUUAAUUGACCCGCUACCCCAUCAUCUGGCUACACAACACUGCUACAGCGCCCCCGAUGGUCACCACCCGCAUGUCGUCUACAAGCGCUCUGCGGAACACAUUGUGCACCGAAGAUCCAGCAGCUCAUCUAGCACCAGUUCUUCAACGCCCGACAACCCGUACCUUCAGCAUCAGCCCCAUCAUCAGCAGACUCAUCACCAUGACUACCAGCGGGGAAAACUGCAGAGGCAACACUUCUGCGGACGCCGCGAGCAAUACGCUCCCAAGCCUCCUGCUGAGGACGGUUUCGUCAUGCCCGACGACUUUGUGGCGCCCGAGGCGGAGGGAGCAGGAAGGCCGAAGAGAUCGCCCAUUAACUCCAACCGGGUGGGGGGUCUGAACGUGGAGACCCUGGUGGUGGCGGACAGGAAGAUGCUGGAGAAACACGGCAGGGACAACGUCACCACUUACGUCCUCACCGUCAUGAACAUGGUUUCCAGCCUUUUCAAAGAUGGCACUAUUGGGACGGACAUCAACAUUGUAGUGGUGAGCUUGUUGCUACUGGAACAAGACCCGCUGGGCUUGACCAUCAAUCACCAUGCGGACCAGUCCCUCAACAGCUUCUGUCAGUGGCAGUCAGGUCUGGUGGGGAAAGGUGGCAAACGGCACGACCACGCCGUUCUCCUCACUGGGUUGGACAUCUGUUCCUGGAAGAAUGAGCCAUGUGACACCCUGGGUUUUGCCCCAAUCAGUGGGAUGUGCAGCAAGUACAGGAGUUGUACCAUCAAUGAAGAUACGGGUUUGGGCCUGGCCUUCACCAUCGCUCACGAGUCUGGACACAAUUUCGGGAUGAUCCAUGACGGCGAGGGGAACCCUUGUCACAAGACAGAAGGCAACAUCAUGUCCCCAACUCUGGCUGGAAACAACGGGGUCUUCUCCUGGUCCACCUGCAGUCGGCAGUACCUCAGCCGCUUCCUCGGAACAGCCCAGGCAUCCUGUCUGGUGGACGAGCCCAGGCAGAUCGGCCAGUACAAGUACCCCGAACAGCUUCCCGGGCAGCUGUACAACGCAGACACUCAGUGCAAGUGGCAGUUCGGCUCCAAGGCCAAACUGUGCAGCCUGGAUUUUGUCAAGGACAUCUGCAAGUCCCUGUGGUGUCAUCGCACGGGGCACCGGUGCGAGACCAAGUACAUGCCUGCUGCAGAAGGCACCAGCUGUGGACCGAACAUGUGGUGCCGCAGGGGUCAGUGCGUCAAACACGGGGAGCACGGCCCUCGGGCGGUCCACGGCCAGUGGACGGCGUGGUCUCAGUGGUCUGACUGCUCCAGAACCUGUGGAGGAGGGGUCAUGUACAGGGAGCGCUCCUGCUCGAGCCCGAGGCCACAGAACAACGGGAAAUUUUGUUCGGGCUCCAGCCGCCUCAACCAGCUGUGUAACACUCGGCCGUGCCCUCUGAAGUCCGUGGGCUUUCGGGCCCAGCAGUGCGCCGAGUACAACAGCAAGCCCUUCAGGGGCUGGUACUACAAGUGGAAGCCCUACACCAAAGUGGACGACGAAGACAUCUGUAAGCUGUACUGCAUUGCAGAAGACUACGACUUUUUCUUCGCCAUGUCCGGCAAGGUGAAAGACGGCACCUCCUGCUCGGAGCACCGAGGAGACAUCUGCAUCGAUGGAGUGUGUGAGGCCGUGGGCUGUGACCAGGUACUGGGCUCCAAGGCCUCCCUGGAUGCCUGCGGAGCCUGUAAGGGAGACAACUCCACGUGCAAGUUCUUCAAGGGCCAAUACACCCUCCAGCACAGGGCCAACGAGUACUACUCCAUGGUCUCAGUCCCGGCGGGGGCACGAAGUAUUCGUGUCCAUGAAAUGGAGGUCUCCCCCAGCUACCUGGCUGCCCGCUCCCUGAAGAGGAAGUACUACCUGACCGGGGACUGGACCGUGGACUGGCCGGGGAAGUUCCACUUUGGCGGGACCGUGUUUGACUACCAGCGCUCUUUCAACAAGCCGGAGAGCCUCUAUGCUGCCGGCCCUACUAAUGAGACGCUGGUGUUUGAAAUCCUUCUGCAGGGGAAGAAUCUGGGUGUUGUGUGGGAGUACACCCUGCCUCGCACGGAAAGGAAACCCGCCUACAGCUGGGGCGUGGUGCGCUCGGACUGCUCCGCUCCGUGUGCCGGAGGUCGUAUCUCCACCAAGGCUAUCUGUCUUGAGGACCAGAAGGUACAGGUGAACUCCACCAUGUGUAUUCCUCACACCAGGCCGACACUGGGCUCCCAUCUCUGCAACACGCAGCCCUGCCCCGCAUACUGGGCGACCGGAGACUGGGGCCCCUGCAGCCGCUCGUGUGGUGGAGGUCAGCAGACCAGGGCGCUGCGCUGCCUGAGGAAGGUGACCUACCAGAGGGAGGAGGUGGCGGUCCACUCGCUGUGCCCCGUCAUCUCUCCGGCCCAGGUCCAGCCGUGCCACACCCAGGCCUGCCCGCCCGAGUGGAGCACGGGCUCCUGGUCACAGUGCUCCAAGACGUGUGGCCGCGGGCUGAGGAAGCGCAGCGCGUUCUGCCGCAGCACUGACCCCGGGGCCAAGGCGGCGGCGGUGGUGGUGCCCGACAGCAUGUGCAGACAGCACCACAGGCCCAAAACCCAGGAGACCUGCGUCCUGCGGCGCUGCCCAAAGAACGAAAGGCUGCAGUGGGUCACCACGGCUUGGGGGGAGUGCUCCAGGUCUUGUGGCUCGGGCAUCCAGAAGAGGGAGCUUCGCUGCGGGGAGAGGGACUCACAGGGAGGGUACGUGGACUUCCCCGUCCGGAGGUGCAGGAAUAUAGCUAAGCCUCUGGUGGAUCUCCAGCAGGGCUGCAACAGAGGUCCGUGCCCAGAGCUGCCUCGGUCCGUCCCCGGCAGAACCAGCUCCGGUGCUGUGACCCUGGGCUGGUACCCCUCUCCCUGGCAACAGUGCUCGGUGUCCUGUGGCGGAGGAGUCCAGGCCCGGUCCAUCCAGUGUCUCCGGCAAGGUCGCCCCACAGCCGGCUGCCUGCCCCACCAGAGGCCCGUCGCUUCCAGGGCGUGCAACACGCACUUCUGCCCCGCUGCCCCCCCAGCGACGGCGCAGCGCCCCGGGCGGGUCACAGCUGCUGGACCAACACCGGACGGUAAAGAGGAACCCUGCGUGGACCAUUUCAGCUGGUGUCACUUGGUCCCCCAGCACGGCGUUUGUAACCACAAGUUCUAUGGACAGCAGUGCUGCAAGUCAUGCUCCAGCAAGAGGCUCUGAGGCCUCGGUGGAAUAACGACGCCACAGAAGCCGCUUGGUGCAUAUUUUGCUCACAGCACGCACAACUGUGCGCGUCAGUGUGUUUUCCUCCUGGACUACUUGACUGAUGGAUUUGGAACCCGCUGAUGUUCAUCUGCCAAAGCGCAAAAGUCAUCAUUCCAUCAAUCACGUUGUAACUGGAAAGAAUUGUUGGUGUAAUAUAUAUAUGUUGUCAUUUUAAAACCUCUAAAGCUACAAGCCAUCAGGAAACAGGAAAGGACACUAGUGUUUCACGUUACUUACAUGUUGUAUUCUUAAAAGGCGUCUGGUUUCAUAUGCCUUCUUUUAAGUUAUUGUGGUUCGUAAUAUAUGACUUUACAUUGUGUCAGAUGUACAGUGGAUCUGUGACAUGUCAUUUCUAUGUUUGGUUAUACACCUGAGGAUUGUGCCACUUACCUUUGAAACCCCCUUUUUUUUAUAUAAGGCAUUGAUAAUGAGUGGUCAGAUGCCUCCUACACUUCACCCACCCUCCGCUUGUUGUGUGUAUGCUGCUGAAUCAGUUCUGGAACAAGCUGGAAUCAUUUUCCUCCUGUGCUUUCUAUCCACAUUCACGCUGUACCUAAAACAUGUCCAGUCGCGUUGAGAGCGUACAGUUAUGGUAAUACAACUCGAUCAUCCACCUGUCUCUUUUCUUUCCUGCAUUCUCUCUCUCUACGAUGUGGGAGGAAGGGAUAAUGUGCUGCAUUGUCCGCCAGUCUAGAGCAGAGCAGAGGAGAGUAGGGUGAAGAGGGAGAGAAGGGGAUGAUUGCAGGGUGCAGGGGGUACAGUCGACAUAGCGCGAGGUUUGAGCUUUUGUUCAGGGAGAACAUCGUAGGUGUGCUCUGCACACAAGUCUGAUCAAAAAGCACCUCUCGUGUGGCUGUGCUUUCGGGUUUGAGAACUUCCGAUAAGUGACGCCACAGUCACAGUUUGUGGCUAUGUUUGACUCCUGCACUUUGAGGCUGAUAACAGUAUUAUUAUGUGUUAUUGAAAUACAUCGUAUUCAUCGUUUUGGUGACGUAAGUGACGUAGUAGACGUGCCUUCCAUAGUAACGAAAACCAUGGAGACCUCUGCAGUUGCCAUGCGUGAAAUGAAAACUGAACACCUACUUUAUACUUAUUAUUAAAU